GGCCGACGCCAUUGCCCGUUUUCAGAGGCUUCUGGGGAAGAAGGUAAUCUUCGUUACUGGAACUGACGAACAUGGGGAAAAAAUUGCUACUGCCGCGGCUGCUCGUGGUUGGACUGCAAGUGAACACUGUGAUAUUGUUUCACAAGCGUACAAGGCUCUCUGGAGAGAUUUAGAAGUUAGUUAUGACAAGUUUGUCAGAACAACUGAUCCAAAGCAUGAAGCUGUAGUUAAGGAAUUUUACUCAAAGAUUUUUUCCAAGGGAGACAUUUACAGAGCUGAUUAUGAAGGAAUUUAUUGUGUCAAUUGUGAGGAGUACAAGGAUGAGAAGGAAUUGCUAGAAAAUGACUGCUGCCCAGUGCACUUAAAGCCAUGCAUUAGAAAAAAGGAAGAUAAUUACUUCUUUGCCCUGUCAAAGUACCAGAAGCAACUGGAAGAAAAGUUACAGCAAAGCCCUGAUUUUGUUCUGCCAUAUUUCCGACUAAAUGAGGUGCAAGGUUGGAUUAAAAGUGGCCUCAAAGAUUUUUCCAUCUCACGAGCAUCAGUGGAUUGGGGUAUUGCAGUUCCUAAUGAUCCUAAGCAGACCAUAUAUGUCUGGUUUGAUGCUUUGUUGGGUUACAUGUCUGCUGUUUUAGAGGAUAAGGAGAUGCCUGACUUACACCAUGCUGUUUCAUUAAAGUGGCCUGCAUCAUUACACUUAAUUGGCAAGGAUAUAUUGCGCUUUCAUGCGGUUUAUUGGCCAGCUAUGCUGAUGUCAGCUGGGUUUGACCUUCCUAAGAUGAUAUUUAGCCAUGGAUUCCUGACAAAGGAUGGCGUGAAGAUGGGAAAGUCCUUAGGGAAUACACUCGAGCCGACUGAUCUGGUUAAUAGAUUUGGAUCUGAUGCAGUCCGAUAUUUUUUCCUCAGGGAGGUGGAAUUUGGUAAUGAUGGAGACUUCUCAGAGGAACGCUUCGUCAACAUUACAAAUGCACAUCUUGCAAAUACAGUUGGAAAUCUUCUAAGCCGUGUGCUUGGACUACUGAAGAAGAACUGCCAAUCAACUUUGCCAUUUGAUUCAACUGUUGCUGCGGAAGGGAAGUCAUUGAAAAAGACUGUUGAAAAACUGGUUCAGAAGGCACAUAGCCAUUAUGAGAAGCUUGAACUCUCAUCAGCGUGUGAGGCAGUUAUAGAGAUUGGUAAUGCAGGAAAUUCCUUUAUUGAUAAACAAGCACCAUGGUCCCUUUUCAAGCAAGGUGGUGUAGAUUUUGAAAUUGCCGCCAAGGAUCUCGUAGUUGUGCUGGAAUUAGUGAGAAUCAUAGCAGUCGCUUUAUCUCCUGUUACUCCAAGCUUAAGCUUGAGGAUGUAUACCCAACUUGGUUACACAAAAGACCAGUUCCACGCUGUGACUUGGAGUCAUACUGCUUGGGGCGGGCUGAAGGGAGGUCAAGUUAUGGCUGAACCACAACCAGUGUUUGCAAGGAUUGAAGAUCGAAGCCAGCAAGAUCAUACGGGUGGAGCAUCUAAGAAAGCUAGCAAGAAAACAGGGAAAUUUUCCUCCAAAGACUAAACGAGUGGUAGAACACCCUCGUAUGGGUGGAUCCAGGAAUGAGAACCGGGGUGGUCUAAAUAGAACUGGGGUGGAUCCAGGAAUGUGAUUAGUUUGUACUUCUUUAUCUAUGACUAGUGUAGUAUAGUUAUCUUCCAUUAUUUAAUAGUUGCAACAGUUUCACUUUGAUUGUCAUUAUAUUUAAUUACAUAUUACUAAACAUUAUAAAAAGUUAAUAUUUUGGAAAUU